UGUUAUUAUUUAUUUUGUUAAAUAUCCUGUAAAUAAAUGUAAUUAAGCAAACGUUACUUUGUCCUUGUUACGUUAUUUUUAGUGUAUUUUAAUAGAAAAAAAAACUAUGGGUGCCCCGACAAGACCAACACAUUAUGAAUGAUUUAAUUGGAACCUCAAUUGUAACACAGGACAAUAAUGAGUCGCUCAGACGAUGGGGUAAAACUAAACUUUCAAUCAAUUAACCCAGAAGCAUCUGAGGAGCUUAAGAGUUUCAUUAAAUUGGAGAAUGCUAGCGUAUAUUUGCCCAAGUUUUCCACCAAUAUAAAACAGGAGCCCCUUGAAGGGCAUCAAGAUAGCGAUUUCACCCCGUAUGGGCGGAAACUGAUGGAGGAAAACAAUAAUUUUGAGACAAGAAUAAAAACAGAGCGCUAUGAAACCAGUGAGGAAACAGAUGAAUUUUUUUGAAGAAUUCAGGAAUAAUUACCCGAAAGAGAAUAAAUCUUUAGGAAUUGAUGUCCACGGAGAAGAAAUAAUUAAAAAUCAAAUUAACCAGUUAACCUCACCAGCAUCGAUAGCUAAAUAUUCCUGUGAACAAUGUAGCUACUCAUCUCCAAUAAAAAAGUCAUUUAAAAGACACCUGCAAGUGCACAGAGACCCCGAAAAGUGGUUUUACUGUGGCAAGUGCAACUACAAAACCCGUCAAAAUGGCCAUUUAACGAGACACCAACUGACCCACAAAGCGAUCUCCGAAUGCAACGAGAUAUUCAUUUGCGGCAUAUGCCAGUACAAAUUUAAGCAAAAGUGCACCCUAAAGCGACACAUACUCGAUACACACGGGACUCAUAAAAAGAAUUACGCCUCCCAAAAUGACCUUCCGGUUUUUAAAUGCGACUCCUGUCCGUACUCCAGUAUCCGGAGGGGUUUGUACCUAGCCCACCUGGACAAACAUAAAGAUCCCAAGGACGUCGGUAACUUGUACAUCUGUGACGUUUGCAAGUUUUCCACCAAAUACCGGAGAAAUUUGAGGGUGCACUUGGAAACCCACCGGGACGACGUCACCAAAACGAUUUACGAAUGUAAAAUUUGCAAUUUUCGUAGUCGGUUACACUACUGUUUGAAAAGGCACCUUUUGUCCAAGAAACAUCUGACCGUGGUGGGUAAAUCGAGCGAGUACUGUCCCAGGGAGAUAAGAAUGAAACAGGAGGAGCGGGACAGUGAUUGUGAGGUGAAAGAGUUUGUCGAGACUCACGAGGUAAAAGUGGAGGUUUACGAUGAGUUUGAAGAGGUUUGUAAGGGGGUGAAAGUAGAACCGAAGGAGGAGGAAGGUUUUGGGGUGAAAGUUGAAUGCUGAAAAGAGAAUUUAGUCUUAGAGAUUAUUGGGAGAUUAAAUGUUUGUUAAACUGUAUUUUUGACUCAGUAGGUAAUGUUUAAGUUGAAAUAGUGCAAUUUUAAACCGUUAUUAUGGUAGUUUUAUACAGAGGGAUUUAUUUGAAAAUCUGAAUAGUUUUAAGCUUUUUACUCAUAUAUUAACUGAGAUAGUGAUAAUUGAGGGCCUUAUAUAGUACUUUUUUAUUAUGUAUAAUAAAAUAUAUAUUUGAUUAAGAAA